GAUUAGACAAGAUAAAAAAAUGCAUAUAUGUUUUUAUUUAUUUAUUUUUAUUUUUUUAAUUUUCAACUCCAUACUUUUGAUGAUCAUUGAAUUUCAAGCUAUAAUAAGAGAGUAUAAUAUCUUUGAUAAAGUCGGUUGUACAUAGAAAUUGCCCGAGUUUGAUUGUAAAACAUAUCUACCUAGUAUAUUCUUAAAGAUCCAAGUCAAGCAUCCACCUACUGCUCUUCCAAUUUCCUGCUUCAAAGUUCAGACAACUCAACAUUUAGACAAGCUUGGUCCAGUGAAAAGGGUUGUACUUUCCAACCUUGAGGUUGGGGGUUCAAUCCCCACUAGAGCCACUUUUGGGAAUUUGUUGGUAUAUUUCAAUCCAAUAUGUAAUCAUCUCUACUAUACAAGCAUAAAGUAUUAUGGAGUAUCAUACAUCAUUUACAAUAACAUCAGUUAGGUACCAAACAUUAUGAUGGCGUCAACUGAUAGUGUGAAAGAAUUUGAAACAAAGAAGUUUGCCCUUCCAGUAGAUGCAGAGCACAAGGCUACAACCUUUUCGUUAAUGUCAGUUGCAAAGCCUCAUAUGCGGGCAUUUCAUCUAUCUUGGCUCCAGUUCUUUGCCUGCUUUCUAUCAACGUUUGCUGCUCCGCCCCUCAUUCCUAUCAUUCGUGACAACCUUAAUCUUACGGCCACUGAUAUUGGUAAUGCAGGGAUUGCAUCAGUGUCAGGGGCUGCGUUUGCCCGUUUGGUCAUGGGCACUGCCUGCGAUUUAGUUGGGCCUAGAGUAGCCUCUGCAGCUCUCACCCUCCUUACUGCACCUGCAGUUUACCUAUCUGCCACAGCAGACUCACCCACAGCCUUCUUGCUCAUCCGUUUUUUUACAGGAUUUUCUUUAGCCACUUUUGUGUCAACCCAAUUUUGGAUGAGUUCCAUGUUUUCUCAACCAGUAGUUGGCCGAGCUAACGGUAUUGCAGCCGGGUGGGGCAACCUUGGAGGUGGGGCAACCCAGAUGAUCAUGCCUCUUGUGUAUAAACUCAUCCUUGGGAUGGGAGCCACAAACUUUACUGCCUGGAGGAUAGCAUUCUUCAUUCCUGCUGUUUUACAGACUCUUUUGGCAUUUGCAGUGUUGCUUUUCGGGCAAGAUAUGCCUGAUGGAAAUUUCCAGCAGCUCCACAAGUCAGGUAAAAAGCACAAAGACAACCUUUCAAAGGUUAUAUAUCAUGGACUUGCUAAUUAUAGGGGCUGGAUUACUGCCCUGUGCUAUGGAUACUGUUUUGGGGUGGAGCUUACCGUGGAUAAUAUCAUUGCUCAGUACUUCUUUGAUAGAUUCAAUCUCACCCUGCAUACAGCUGGGAUUAUAGCAGCCAGUUUUGGCUUGGCAAACAUUUUUGCCAGGCCGGGAGGUGGAUUGGUGUCAGAUUUGCUAGCAAAGAAGUUCAGAAUGAGGGGAAGACUCUGGGGCUGGUGGAUUAUCCAGACUGUAGGUGGUAUACUAUGCAUUCUUCUGGGACUGAUGAACUCUUUAAGUGGAUCGAUUGCAGUGAUGCUCGUCUUCUCUGUGUUUGUUCAAGCAGCCUGUGGACUUGCAUUCGGGGUCGUACCUUUUGUCUCUAGAAGAUCAUUGGGCGUGAUUUCUGGUAUGACAGGAGCCGGUGGAAAUGUGGGUGCGGUUUUAACUCAAUUGAUUUUCUUCAAAGGAUCUCAAUACACAACAGAAAGGGGAAUAACCUAUAUGGGUAUUAUGAUUGUAGCAUGCACUCUCCCCAUUAGUGCCAUAUUUCCACAGUGGGGAGGCAUGUUUUGUGGUCCUAACACAGAUACUUCAGAAAACGACUACUAUAUGGAGGAAUGGGAUUUAAAGGAGCAGCAGGAAGGACAUCAUCAGGCAAGCUUGAGAUUUGCAGACAGCAGCAAGAGUGAAAGAUGCAGAAGACAAAGGUCUGCACACCCAGACGAGAGCCUGCCAUCAUGUGUAUGACUAAUUUACUGUCGGUAGCCUCAUUUGCCACACACACUGUUUGAUGAAGUCUCAAAAGUCUAUGCCACUUAUACACUUUAUGUUAUGUACUUAUGUUCAUAUGUUGAAUUCCCAUGUCGGACAGUUAACACUCACAUGAAAAGAGUUUGAAAUAUCCUAAUGCAACACAUCAAAUUUCACCUCCACACCUUGAACCAUAAUUUCACUAAGGAGAAAGUUAUGUGCAAUGCAUGCUUACAAACAAGAAUCAGCCAAUAAAACGACUUGUAAUUUUCGUAUAUGUAGCAUUUGUAAUGUCUGCACAUGUAAAAGCAUUACACUUAUAUGCAAAUUUUUUUCGAGAUUAGCUUCAACAAGA